CGGCCCCGCCCCCAGCAUCCCGCCCACGGCGCGCAGGGCUCAGACUAGCGUUAUGGCUGCGUCGGCCCCUCCGCGGUUGGAGGCGCUGCUGGCCGAGGCCCGGCGGGCCUUCCGGGAGGAGUUCGGGGCCGACCCCCAGCUGGCGGUGUCAGCGCCGGGCCGCGUCAACCUGAUCGGGGAGCACACGGACUACAACCAGGGCCUGGUGUUGCCCAUGGCACUGGAGCUUGUGACCCUGCUGGUGGGCAGCCCCCGAGCAGACGGGCUUGUCUCUCUUCUCACCACAUCUAAGGAUGCUGAUGAGCCUCAGCGGCUGCAGUUUCCACUGCCCACAACCCAGAGGUCACUGGAGCCUGGGACCCCCCGCUGGGCCAACUAUGUCAAGGGGGUGAUUCAGCACUACCCAGCUUCCCCGCUCCCUGGCUUCAGUGCAGUGGUGGUCAGCUCAGUGCCCCUAGGGGGUGGGCUGUCCAGCUCUGCAUCGCUGGAAGUGGCCACAUACACCUUUCUGCAGCAGCUCUGCCCAGGCCCUAGUUUCCCCACCUCACCCUGUGCCGCAGACUCGGGGGCAGUAGCUGCCCGGGCCCAUGUGUGUCAGCGGGCAGAGCACAGCUUCGCAGGGGUGCCCUGUGGUAUCAUGGACCAGCUCAUCGCUCUGCUGGGGCAGAAAGGCCACGCGCUGCUCAUUGACUGCAGGUCCCUGGAGACAAGCCUGGUGCCUCUGUCAGACCCCAAGUUGGCCGUGCUCAUUACUAACUCCAAUGUUCGCCACUCCCUGGGCUCCAGCGAGUACCCCCUGCGACGCCGCCAGUGUGAAGAGGUGGCCCGGGCACUGGGCAAGGAGAGCCUUCGGGAGGUGCGGCUGGAGGAGCUUGAGGCGGGCAGGGAGCUGGUGAGCAAGGAGGGCUUCCGGCGGGCACGGCACGUGGUGGGUGAGAUCCAGCGCACAGCCCAGGCAGCAGCUGCCCUGAGCCGUGGGGACUACAGAGCCUUUGGUCGCCUCAUGGUGGAGAGUCACCACUCACUCAGGGACGACUAUGAGGUGAGCUGCCCUGAGCUGGACCAACUGGUUGAAGCUGCAUUGUCUGUCCCUGGGGUUUAUGGCAGUCGUAUGACGGGUGGAGGCUUUGGGGGCUGCACAGUGACCCUGCUGGAGGCUUCUGCUGCUUCCCGUGCCAUGCAGCACAUACAGGAGCAGUACAGCGGGACAGCCACCUUCUACCUCUCUCAGGCGGCAGAUGGAGCCAAGGUCCUGCAAUUGUGAUGCCCCUGGGACAGCUCAGCUGGUGCAGCAAGCUAUUCCACUCUGCCUCUGAUGCCCACUUUCCACAACUGGGUGCUCAAUAAACUUGUGCCUCAGACCUGAAA